UCUCUCUCUCUCCACCAGUGUUUGUCAAUUCCUCAUUAAUUCACUUUCUCAAUGGUUCAGUUUUGUCCGGAAUAGCAGCAAUUCGCCGAGGAAUCGACUGUAACGGCUCGAAAUACAGUUAAGCGCGGCUGUUUUUGUGCAUAAAUAAAAAAUGAGCGUUGAGGCGUACGGGCCGAGCUCUCAGACUCUAACGUUCCUGGACACCGAGGAAGCCGAGCUGCUGGGAGCGGAUACCCAGGGCUCCGAGUACGACUUCACCGAUUUUACACUGCCGAGCCAGACCCAGACUCAAGGCCAAACCCAGAGUCAACUAGACAACCAGGUUAAUGGACCUGACAGGGUGCUACAGAACGGAGACGACCCUGUGGUGAAAGCGAGCCAACUGCUGGCGGAGUUGAACUUUGAGGAAGAUGAGGAGGAUACUUACUAUACCAAGGACCUCCCUGUGCAUGCCUGCAGCUACUGUGGGAUUCAUGAUCCAGCUUGUGUGGUCUACUGCAACACCAGCAAGAAGUGGUUUUGUAAUGGCCGUGGAAAUACAUCCGGCAGCCACAUUGUAAACCACCUGGUGAGAGCUAAGUCCAAGGAGGUGACGCUGCAUAAAGACGGCCCUCUGGGGGAGACGGUGCUGGAGUGCUACAACUGCGGCUGUCGCAACGUCUUCCUGCUGGGCUUUAUCCCUGCCAAGGCUGACUCAGUGGUGGUGUUGCUCUGCAGGCAGCCAUGUGCCAGCCAGAGCAGCCUGAAGGAUAUCAACUGGGACAGCUCCCAGUGGCAGCCUCUCAUCCAGGACCGCUGCUUUCUGUCCUGGCUGGUCAAGAUCCCCUCAGAGCAGGAGCAGCUGAGGGCCCGCCAGAUCACCGCCCAGCAGAUCAACAAGCUGGAGGAACUCUGGAAGGAAAACCCCACAGCAACCCUUGAAGACCUGGAGAAGCCUGGUGUGGAUGAGGAGCCUCAGCAUGUCCUGCUCCGCUACGAGGAUGCCUACCAGUACCAGAACAUCUUCGGCCCACUGGUCAAGCUGGAAGCCGAUUACGACAAGAAGCUCAAAGAGUCUCAGACUCAAGACAACAUAACAGUCAGAUGGGACUUGGGGCUGAAUAAAAAGCGGAUUGCUUAUUUCACCCUUCCCAAGACGGACUCAGGUGAUAUGCGGCUGAUGCAAGGAGAUGAAAUUUGUCUGAGGUACAAAGGAGACUUGGCCCCUCUGUGGAAAGGCAUUGGACAUGUCAUCAAAGUUCCUGACAACUAUGGUGAUGAGAUUGCCAUAGAGCUAAGGAGCAGUGCCGGGGCUCCAGUCGAGAUCCCACACAACUUCCAGGUCGACUUUGUGUGGAAAUCCACGUCCUUCGACAGGAUGCAAAGUGCCCUGAAGACAUUUGCUGUGGAUGAGACCUCUGUGUCUGGUUACAUCUACCACAAACUACUGGGCCACGAGGUGGAAGAUGUGGUCAUCAAGUGCCAGCUGCCCAAACGCUUCACUGCUCAAGGCCUGCCUGACCUCAACCACUCCCAGGUGUACGCUGUGAAGACUGUGCUGCAGCGUCCUCUCAGUCUGAUCCAGGGUCCUCCUGGCACAGGGAAGACGGUGACCUCUGCGACCAUAGUCUACCACCUGGCUAGACAGGGUAACGGGCCAGUGCUGGUGUGUGCUCCCAGCAACAUUGCGGUUGACCAGCUGACUGAGAAGAUCCACCAGACGGGGCUGAAGGUGGUGAGGCUGUGUGCUAAGAGCAGGGAGGCCAUUGACUCACCUGUCUCCUUCCUGGCUCUGCACAACCAGACUCGCAACAUGGACAGUAUGCCAGAACUCCAGAAGCUCCAACAGCUGAAGGAUGAGACCGGAGAGCUGUCUUCCUCAGAUGAGAAGCGCUACAGGGCUCUGAAACGUACCGCUGAGAGGGAGCUGCUUAUGAAUGCCGAUGUGAUCUGCUGCACUUGUGUCGGUGCUGGGGAUCCUCGCCUAGCCAAGAUGCAGUUCCGCUCCAUCCUGAUUGAUGAGAGCACCCAGGCCACUGAACCAGAAUGCAUGGUGCCUGUCGUCCUGGGGGCCAAACAGUUGAUCCUGGUGGGUGACCACUGCCAGCUGGGUCCUGUGGUGAUGUGUAAGAAGGCUGCCAAGGCGGGCCUGUCCCAGUCCCUUUUUGAGCGUCUGGUAGUUUUGGGGAUCCGGCCCAUCCGUCUGCAGGUCCAGUACCGUAUGCACCCGGCCCUCAGUGCCUUCCCUUCCAACAUCUUCUAUGAGGGCUCGCUGCAGAAUGGAGUCACUGCUGCUGACCGUGUUAAAAAAGGCUUUGACUUCCAGUGGCCCCAGCCUGACAAGCCCAUGUUCUUUUACGUCACCCAAGGCCAGGAGGAAAUUGCCAGCUCUGGAACCUCCUAUCUGAACAGGACUGAGGCAGCUAACGUGGAGAAGAUCACCACGAGGUUGCUGAAGGCUGGAGCAAAACCUGACCAGAUCGGCAUCAUCACACCUUAUGAAGGGCAGAGGUCAUACCUGGUCCAGUACAUGCAGUUCAGCGGCUCCCUGCAUACCAAGCUCUACCAGGAGGUGGAAAUCGCUAGUGUAGAUGCCUUCCAAGGCAGGGAGAAGGACUUCAUCAUCCUGUCCUGUGUCAGGGCCAAUGAGCACCAGGGCAUCGGCUUCCUCAAUGAUCCCCGCCGUCUCAAUGUGGCACUCACCAGAGCCAGGUAUGGUGUGAUCAUUGUGGGGAACCCCAAGGCUCUGUCCAAGCAGCCGCUGUGGAACCACCUGCUGAACUAUUACAAGGAGCAGAAGGUCCUGGUGGAGGGCCCCCUGAACAACCUGAGGGAGAGUCUCAUGCAGUUCAGCAAGCCACGCAAGCUGAUUAACACCAUCAACCCAGUUUUACAGGGUGGUCGGUUCAUGAGCAACGCCAUGUAUGAUGCCAGAGAGGCCCUCAUUCCUGGAUCUGUUUAUGACCGUAGCAGCAAUGGGCGUACAUCCAACAUGUACUUCCAGACCCACGACCAGAUAGGCAUGAUUGGUACAGGCCCCAGUCCCAUGACUUCCAUGAACAUUCCCAUCCCCUUCAACCUCGUGAUGCCCCCCAUGCCUCCACCAGGGUACUUGGGACAAGUCAACGGGCCCACAGCAGGUCGUGGUGGAGGUAUGAAAGGCAAAGCAAACAGUGGUGGGGGGAGUGGUGGAGCUCGAGGCGGCCGUCAAAGGAACCGCACCAACAUGGGGAACCACAGCGGGAACGGAGGAUCAGACCGUGGACAGCAUGGAGGCCACAUGGGUGGCAGCCAGGCCAGCCAGGACUUGGGCUCCCAGCCUUUCUCCCAGGGGCCUCUCACCCAGGGAUACAUCACCAUGAGCCAGCCCUCGCAAAUGAGCCAGCCUGGUCUAUCCCAGCCUGAACUCUCACAGGAUAGUUACUUAGGCGAUGAGUUCAAGUCUCAGAUUGAUGUGGCUCUGUCCCAAGACUCCACCUACCAGGGGGAGCGGGCCUACCAACACGGUGGUGUGACUGGACUGUCCCAGUACUAGACUGUUUCUGGAAAGGAGCUAGGCCUGUGUUGAGCUUAGUUCAUCGGUAUUUUAAUCUGGGUAAUAACAAAAAAGAACAAACAUGGAUACCCGUUUUCCACUGCUACAACUGAAGCACCACUGUGUGAAAGUAACAGGAGAGAGACCAAGAGAAACCAACCAAUCACAAGAGUGAGAGCAAAAAUGGGAGUAGGGCUGGACAGGAAGAGAGCAAGAGAGAGCGGGAGACUGGAGGAGGGAAGAAGGCGCUGCUGCUCGCACACGAAGACAUGGCGAAGGAGAAAGCUGUUGUUCGUCGAAGCAGCGCCGUUAGAGAGGCGAGACCUCCAGUAGGUCAAGGAGGGUGGAAGGUCAGAGAGAGGAGGAAAGGGGGCAACCCUGUCAUGUUCUCCUCCAAUGCCCCUGAACCCAUGGGGAUCUCCAGGUAGUGUGGUUGGGGACCUUGCUCCAGAAGCUGAGAUGGAGAAGAGGUGUCUCACAAAUGUCCUUCAAGCUAACCCAACAGGACGUCUUCUGUGAAUCCGAGAGAGAGGAACAAAAGGGGACGCAACUCUUGAAGCAGUCAGUUGGUAUGGGAACUUUUUUAAACUCAAAGUUUGAAUCAAGGCUCAUGCUCUGCUUUUGAAGCCAUCUGAGAGAGGAGAGAGUCAAAACGCCGCUUGUUCCAAUGAAGUCAAAAGUGACUGUGGUAUUGUACCUCAAACGACUCAAAUGAAGUUUGGGGAAUAAAUAACCAUGGAUCAUUACCUUUUCUUUCUCAGCUUUGAGUUGGAAAGUUUUCUAAAUAAAGUCUGUUUUCAUUGAGGUUCUGAAUGAUGGGAAGCUAGUGAAGUUGGCUGUCUUUCCAGUUGGGGCUUUCUCAAGGUGGUCUACAAAGAGCAAGUAGUGGAAUUAGCUCUUAAAAAUACAUAUAUAUAUAUAUUAAAGAAAAACAUUUUUGUCUCCAGAUCUGAAGGGGUGGACUCAAAAGAUCGGUGAUUAGUGAGACAAUUUUGUUUUUGUUUUUUGUUUUGUUUCUUUCAGAUGUUGAAUAACGCAAAAAGAAGAGUGAAAGACAAGCAAGAUAACCAUCUUUAAAACUGAAUCAAGCUGUGAUGCUUUUGACCUUAAUUUACAAAUUAUAUGAAAAGCCUCAUAUCUGAUUUCCCCACAGACCCUGAAGCCGCUGAGUACACUAGCUAAGAGACUGGGCUCUUCUUGAGCACGGAGUUAAUGCGUAAAGAAAGCCAAAGCAAGAGGGCAGUAUUCCCCAAAGACUCUUACCCAGAAGUCUUAGGUUAAUAUACAUACAUUUAAUGAGAUAAUUAAUUUCUUUCCACUCAGUUAAAGCCACUGAGGUGGAGUGAGGUAAGAGUAUGAAAUUAUGAUAAGAGUCGAUGAUUGACUUGGCUUUUUAGCGACUGUUGUGGGGUUGUGUGUACUUGGCACCAAAACUCAUUACAGUGGAAGAUGAAAAGCUCCAAGGCAAAAGUCAUUAAGCUCUAGUCUUGUCCCAUCUCAAACCCAAUGCAUUGUUGAAGAGAAAACCUGGCCAUGCCAUGUCGGACCACGAUGAGAGAUAUUUUGAGAUGGAUAUUGGAACACUGAUGGAUUAGAAGUUCUUAAGUUAGAAGUUGUAGUUGUACUUAAACUUUGAUGUUUGGCAUAAGGGCAUUUUGUAAACUAUUCUUUGACUUGAGGACCCAUGAAAGAGUGUAAUUUAGAUUUAGGUAGCACUUUACUUCAGAGAAUGCCUCAUGUUUGAUUAUGUAGUUUAUGCACAUUUCUGCUGUCCUUCAGUCUUGGACUUAUAGAAUGGAAUGAAAUUAAAUGUCACAAGUCAUAGUGUGCUCUGUCAGGAACAGAAAAGCUAGCUUGUUGAACAACUGUGCUAUAUUUUAGUCAAGUUUGUGUUACAUUUCAGUAGUCUACAUGCAUUGUAUGUACUCAUUACACAUGCCUUGAAUGGACACUCAUGAAAUUUCCAUGCAACCUGUUUUUAUCAGUAUCUCAUUUUGUUUCCAAGACAACCCUGUAUCCUCCUUGUGAUCAUUGUCAAACAGCCAUCGUUUUCAUGUAAGUGGAAUAAUGAGUAGCUAUCAGUCCUCAUUAUGAAGACUAACAAAGCUGAGCAGAAUAACAUUUAUUAUUUCCUCCAUAAGUGUUCAUUUAAGCCCUAAAUAGUGCGAUAGAAAUAGGAAAUGUAGUCAGUCUGCUAGAGAACAGGAGCCACUCGGCACAAGGAUCUCAGUCCUUUUUUUUUUUUUUUUUCAUCUUAUUCCCAAGCAUGAAAUACUAACCAACCCAGGUCAGUUUCUGGCCACCUCUACAGUAGGUGCAUCUUCACCCUUCUGUGUGGGGCUUCAAAUUAAUAUUUCAACCCUCUUUUGCUAAUUAAGGAAGCAGGAAUAUUAAUCAGUGUUCAGAAGGCUCAUUUUGUUUAACUCACAUUUCUAGGCUUCAUAUCCCUGCGCUGUAACUUGGUGUGAUCCCUUUUCUGUAUGAAAUUAUCAUUUGUUGGUAAAAUGCACAUCUACAUAUUGACACAUUUAGAGGCACUGUUAGAAACAAAUUGUCAUGCCUUUUUUUCCCUGAAAGUAAAAUAUUAAGGAUAAAUUACCUGCACAUCUUAUACCAACAGGAUUUUGAUGUCCAUUGACUUAACUUCAGUUAUUUAGGUGGAUAUCUCCCUCUUCUCCGUUAUGAGUUAAAUGAGAAUUGAUCAUUAUUUGGCUUCUUCUUUGAACUGAUUGACCUGUAUUUUGCAUUGGUCGAGGGGACUGCACCAUUUUGUUUUCUGCUUACUAAUUGAUGUUGGUAGUUAUCACCUAAGCUCACAAAAACUCCUGUUGAUAUCUUUAAAAAAAAUAAUAAAAGGUUGCUUCUUUUCACUCAU